CAAACUUAUUUUAGGCAACCAUCGCCUUCUCAACCUACCUCACGCACUCAAGGCAUUCAAGGCGAGGAUCUUUCGGCCAAAGUAUGGGAUAUAAGUAUUGAAGUAUAUAUUAGCGUUGUCAAAUACCUUUUCCCGCGUGUAAUAUAUUCCACCCAAGAUGAAAUAAAAGAGUCUCUUAAGGACUACUUGAACGAAAAGUUCCCUGAAUUCGUGGCAAACUUAAGUGCUAACGAUUUUGCAAACUGGUUCUAUGGUGUGUGGUGUUCUCAG